GCCAAGCCAGCCAGGGUCCAGUGCCAUGUCUGGAGAUUCUGGAGCAGCCAGGCUUUCAAAGCGAUCCAGAGUCUCAGUGGCCGCCGGCCCUUCGGAGAGAUCCAGAAGUCUCAGUGGCUGCUGGCCCUUCGGAGAUGGCUACGGUGUCAGUGGCCGUGGGUCCAUCCGAGCUGGAACCAUGGAGCAGCGCCCGGCUCUCGGGGAGGGACCAACUGAGCCUGCCAGGCAGGGGAUCUAGAGAGCGCAGCAAGGCGGGGAGCUCCACGAGAAAUGCUGGGACCCCCGGUGCCGUGGCUGCCCUAGGGAUGGAGGGUGAUGAUGUAUCUGGAGAGACAUCCAAGAAGUCCAGAGCCUCUGUGGUUCUAAGCUCUCCAGAAAGAUCGAGACCUGUGGCUCUAGGUUCUGCGGACAAAUCGAGAGCGUCGGUAGCUCCAGGUUCUCCAAAGCGAUUCAGUGUCUCGGUGGCCGCUGGCCCAUCAGAAAGAUCCAAAGCAUCCGUGGCCACUGGCCCUUCGGAGAUGGCUACAGUGUCGGUGGCCGUGGGACGGUCUGAGCCAGGGUCUCUCAGCAGCUCCUGGACCCCGGGGACAGAUGCUCAGAGGGCUCCCAACGUGGGGAAGAGCCGGCUUAGCUCCCCGUGCUCCGGGGCUCCUCUGGGGACGGAGGCCGGCCACGCAUCCCCGGGCAGUGCCACCCUGGGGAGAUCCGGGGAGCAGAGCCGAAGCCUGGCCAGGGAGGAAGGAGGGGCCCGUUCCCAGAGUCCCUCGAGCCAGGCGCCCCACGCGAGAGCUGCAGUCUCGAGGCCCAGAAGCACCCGGCCCUCGGAGCUGGACAGACAGGGGGAGCCGGGCUGGGGAUCCAGCCGUCCCAGUGCGACAAGGAGCCGGAGCAAAGGCCGGAAGGGAGACAAGCAGGACCCCUCUGUUGGGCACCCUGCCAGCAAAGGCGGCAGUGAGCGGGCUGCAGACAGAAUGAAAUCUCAGUAGAGGUCAGGCCGGACACAGCCCGAGCUGGAGGGGAGGAUUCGUCGCUGGGCCCCGGGAGUCUCUCAGGGACAGGACGGCUGGAGGGCCCAGGCCAGGGGAUCGGGGCAGGGAACAGCUAGGACGCCCCACAGCGGCCGGCCGGCCAGGG